UUGUAUGACUUAAUCCAGCUUUCAAGAACUAAACCAAUUAGAAAAGCUAUAUUUUAAUGUUUUUUGUUAUAAUUAUUAAAGAGUUCCCUCUUUUAUUCUAAAUAUGAUGCAACAUCAAUACUGGGUGACUAAGAAGACUGUUUUAAAAAAACUAGGUACUAAAGAAGAUGAAUGUAUUGUUGCUUCCGAUGCUGAACUCGACGCUAAGUUAGAGUUAUUUCAAUCAAUAUCAGACAGUUGUUUGCAAUUGCAACGUAUACUAGAUCAGUAUCAGGAGCGUUUAUGUGUGUUAGCGCAAGAGGAAAAUUCACUUGGAAAGUUUCUUCGUGAUGCUGGUAAAAGCAAUGAUGCCGCCGGGAAACACAUGAUUUCAGCUGGAAAAGCAAUAUCCUACACGGGACAGCAACGUGUAGCUGUGAGAAGUCCGCUCUUAAGAUUAUACCACGAAGUAGAAACAUUUAGAAUUCGUGCUGUUAAAGAUAUGAGGAUGACAGUGUCUGCUAUGGAAAAAGCGCGUAUUGAAUAUCGAGCUGCUCUUAGUUGGAUGAAAUCCAGCAGUGCGCAGCUGGAUCCAGAUACCGGUCGUGGUCUUGAAAACUUUCGGAAAGCUCAGCGACAAGUAAAGGAGAGCAAAAAAAUAUUUGAUAAGCUUACCUUGGAUGUUUUACAAAAGAUAGAUUUAUUAGCUGCAGCCCGAUGCAAUAUGUUCUCCCAUGUUCUAUCAAACUAUCAAAAUUCUUUUCUGAGUGUCUCUACAAAAGUUGCACAAACUUUAAGUGGCACCAUUGAAAGUAUGAGCUCAUCUCCCCAAUAUGAAUUUUGCAUCUUGAAAACUCUAUCCGAUAAUGGCAAUGAUGGAGAGACAAAGGAUAAAGAUCAACUACUUUUCUUUCAAGAUGAGUACAAAGACAACAAUCUUGAUAAAUCAGAGAAUAUUGAAAAGACGAACCACAAUGACAACGAGAACCAACCGUCCACAGCCAUAGUUGCAGAUUCAUCUGACAGUCUUAUUAAUACAGAAACUGACACACAGGAUAAUAAUGUUGAAAUUAGUGCAGACUUGGCGGGCUUGCAGUUAGGUGGGGGUGACAUGCCUGCAAAUUUUGCAUUUAUGCCUUCACAACUUCUCCAAGACUUUGCGGGAUUUAUGGAAACACCGCUUCAACCACAAAGCUCUCAAAAUGAAAAAGAUAAGAAUUCUAUAACUCAAAAAAUUGCUCAGCCUCUACCAGUACCAAAGAAAGAAGAUAAAGUAGCAUGGUUUAAGCUCUUUGCAGAAUUAGAUCCUCUUGCGAAUCCUGAUAACAUUCCUGGAACUAAUAAUAAUCAAAGUCAUGCAGCUUAAGUAUUUAACCUUCUUACUUCUAUUAAUAUUAAAAAGGACAUAUUUUUCAAUAGUUAGCAUUAUUUUUCAAAAAAUUUUCAUUUGACUGCAGUAACAUAUUUUUCUAUGAAGAAGACCUACAAUUUAAUUGCAGUACUUCAAAUUUCUCGAAAUAUUAUUUACAUUUAUUAUAAUUUCUAUUAAAAUCCCAUGAUACAUUUAGUUUUAGUUCUAAUCUAAAAAGUCAUGUUAAUAUAUAAUAUAUAACAAGUAAAAUUAGCAAGUAUAAAUAUUUUGCUUUUUUCAUAUUUAUGUGUUUCCAAAUAGUGCUAAGAUCUGUAAAAAUCUCAAAGUACAAAUAUGUGUUAUUACUUAGUUUAUACAGCAACAAUCAUUUGUAUUGAUCACAAAAAUCAUGAAAUAUCUAAAAAUAAUUAUAUUUACUAUAUACUAUUGCAUGUAUAAUUCCUGCAAGCUUGUAUUAUUUUUAUUCCAUCUAAUACAAUUGUAGAUAACAUACUAUAUUGUACAAUGUAUUAACCUCAAUUUACAUAAAAUCUGAUAACUGUUAUUUGGUACUAAAAACACUGUAAGCACACAUGCACAUAAUUUUUACUUUAUUUCAUAACAAUUCUUUGCAUUAAGAGUAAAAAUAUAAUCAGGUAACAUGAAUAGGAAGGCACUGGGUGGCCUUAUCCCUAGCAAGCAAUUUCUUUCAACCCUUGUAAAGGAAAUAAUGAUGGGAGAGUGCAAGAAGUGCAUAACUAAAAAAAAUAUUGCAACAGUAUACAUACGUAUAUAUAAAAUUUCUGUAUUCAAACAUUCCAUUAUAGGCUGUACAGUGUACACUACUUAUUAAACAAACUUUUUUCAUAUUUUAAUAUGCAAAUUAUUUUAGUGCUAUAUUAUUUUUAUUGGAUAAUAUUUAGACCCAUGGAACUGGGUUUUAUGUACAACUUAGUACUACUAACUAGUCAACAUUGAGGCAACAAAACCAAAGAUAUACCUACCUAUGUAGUUUUGUGAUGUAUUUAAUUAGAAGCUAUGUUUAAUAUUAUAACUAUAAUUGAUUUAUUUUGUGUUCUCUUUAUAAUCCAUAUUAUGUAAUGUGUAUUAAAUGUUAUGUACUGAA